AUGGAAUUCUUGUCACAACACAUUAUAAAGAAUAUUGAUGACGGGCUUUGGAAACUUGUGAGACUCUCUAGGAAUGGUCAUCCUCUCUCGCGUCUUUUCUUUACUGAUGAUGUUCUUCUCUUUGCUAAAGAAACUAAGUCCCAAGCUUUGAAUAUUGAUUCUAUGCUUAAGCAAUUUGCUAAAUAUUUUGGAUUGAAGGUUAACGCUACAAAUCCAAGGUUUUCUUCUACUCGGAGAGGAAAAAUAUCCUCCAUUGUUGCUAGUACAGGUAUUAGCCGCACUCAUUCUAUUGAAAAAUAUCUAGGCUUUCCUAUGUUAUAUGAUAGGCUUCAAAGAAGAGAUUUUUCUUUUGUGGAAGAGAAAAUUAGUAAGAGCCUUGCUAGCUGGCAGCACAAGUUGCUUAAUAAGGCUGGUCGAAUGACUUUGGUUAAAUCUGUAUUAAACUCUAUUCCUAAUUACUACAUGCAAUUGGUAGCCUGUGGGGCACUAAGUACUCCGCCGUUACUCGAAAGAAGUGGUUUGAAAAAUAAAAACAUAGGGAGAAACUUGCAUCUUUAUCCCGUCACAAUGGCUUCGGGCUACUUCCCUAUUGCACCUGAGUUGUGGCCAGAGGAGCAUAAGAAAAGCUAUGAAGGAGGGAUUAUGACAGCAAUGUCCACAGUUGCUACAGACUUUAACAAAUCUGGAUAUGGUGCGGUGAUUCAAACACCUUCAUCGCAUCCAGGCUUAUUCUCGAUUCUAAUGCCGUGGAAUUCUGGAACAGAUAUAAAAGAUCGAAUGCACAAGUUUUCGAGGACAGCUCAUGUGUUUGCUCUGGCAAGGGAUCAAGCAUCGGGAACUGUGGUGGAUUCACCUAACCGUAUAAGUUAUCAAAUGAAAGAUGUAGACAAAGAUAACUUAAGCAAAGGAAUUGAGAAGGUGCUUAGAACAAUGGCAGCAGCCGGAGCCGAAGAAAAUGGGACGCAUAAUAAUAAGGGAAGGAGCUUAAAGGUUAAGGAAGUGAGCUAUCAUGAAUUUGAGAAAUUUGUUAAUGAAGAAAGCUCAAUGUCAUUUACUGACCUUUCGACACCAGUAUGCUCCGCACAUCAGAUGGGAAGCUGUCGUAUGGGUAAUAACCCAAAGGAAUCGGUUGUGAACCAAAUGGGAGAAACAUGGGAAGUUAAGGGUCUUUAUCUUGCAGAUUCAAGUGUUUUUCCCACAGCUUUGGGUGUGAAUCCGAUGGUCACAAUUCAGGCUAUUGCAUAUUGCACGACGCAACAUGUUCUUGAAGUUCUCAAAAGGAAAAGAUGA